GGCUUGCCAAAUGGCAGUCGUCCUUCGCAACCUGAACAGCUCACUUCGUUUUUUGCUGGAUCCAUGCUGGAAAUUGCUUUUAGAAUAUAGAUGGUCUGGGUGGUUUGGACUAAUCUGCUUAUGACUUGGUAAUUUUUAUCCUUGCCCAUACCCUGAAUAAUACCUGCUACACUUAGAGUUGUCAUAGAUAGAUUUUCAACAUGUCAAUGAUUCUGAAUUCGUGCUCUGGACAUGCACUUGCACCAAUUCUUGUCGGACAAGCGAGUUUACUGCUUCGGCUACUCGUCCAGAACUUGAAAGUCUGGAUCACGUGCUUCCAAAGCCAUCUUUCAUUAACUUGAAUCGUCAUCUAUAUCUUGACUUGACAUGGAUCCAGGACAUUCCAGGGUUCCUUCACCACCGCAGCUACCGGCUUCAUUCUCUAAAUAUCAUCACCCAUACUUCACAUCUGCUGAGGUACAAUAUCUGUCCGAGAAACAACGCGGAAAACUGUCUGCCACGCAAGAGGAGAAAGCAAGACAGCAAGCAUGUGGCUUCAUAGAAGCUGUGGGCUCAAAGAUUGGCUUUCCUAGGAAGACUCUAGCAACUGCCCAGAAUCUGUACCACCGGUUUCACUUGUUCUUUCCUCGAAAGGACUUCAACUAUCACGAUGUCACACUAGCUGCUCUGUACGUCUCCACUAAGAUGCACGACACGUUGAAAAAGCCUCGGGAGAUCCUCAUGGUCUCAUAUGCUGUACGAUUCCCAGAGCUUGCAGCCAAGUCGAAGUCUGUCGGCGGAGAAGUUGACAUGGAUCCCGCGACGGCUGAGAACGACCGCCAGAGACUCCUAGCUGUAGAGCGGCUGAUACUAGAGACAAUAUGCUUCAAUUUCACUAGCAAAAUGCCAUUUUCAUAUGUGAUCAAGAUUGGGAGGAAGCUGAAAGCAUCAAAGAAAUUGAUUAAAUGUGCAUGGCGGCUCACUAUUGACAGCCACCGAACACUUGUACCGAUCAUGUAUCCACCGAACACCGUUGCUUUGGGAUGUCUCUAUACUGCCUCCUUAUUGACGACGCUUGAGCCUCCGCCGUCUCCACUGGUAGAAGCCCAAUUAGACUCACGAGUGGCAACCAUUCUUAAGGAGAAAGGAGAUUGGGAGCGGACAUACAUGGCUGAAGCCGAGGACUUGGAAGAGAUUGCACAUGUACUUAUCGACCUACUCAUACAAGCCGCGCAAAAUCCAUCCGCCAAUACGUCUCCGAGCACUCCGGCAUCACCUUCCCCACACCCAUCCCCACGAAAUCAACAUUUCUCAUCCAUUGGCACCCCGCAACCGCUGCCAAUACCAUACAAAGCAGAUCAGCUCAUCAGUCUCAAGAUUAUGAUGCGGCAAAAUGAGCACCCACUGCGACCACAGCAACCGCUCGGGAGUGCUGAUCCGAGCGAGCUAUAUAAUGGGAAUGAUAUUGCCAUGCUAGGGAGAAAUCAAGGGACCGUUAGAUUUUUGUUUGGACCUCCAGGAGUUGUUGGUCAAGGAGUGUAAGGUGGCAAGGAUUUGGACCGUGUAUUUCGCUUUAUAAAAUUAUCUUGCGUUAGGCUAUAGUAGCCUAUAGUGGCGGCCUCGUGUGAGUCGAAUUUG